ACUUACGUUACCAGCUAGACAGGAAGACGUAGCGAAAACUAGUGCCAUCUGAUGUUUAUCUGACUUAGCAUGAGUUAAGAGUGUUUUUGUACAUGAGAUAACUAAAAAUGACAACAAAAACAUGAAUGAAAAUCAGUUACGUACCGAAAAUGCAUAUUUUCUUUACGAGUCUGUAUGAGCAUUGACUUAAGCUAUCUGCUGGGGACCUGUGGUGCUGGCUUGAAAGUACUGAAGCCCGAUCAACGUUACAGUUGCUGCACAAGAAUUAGCUGAAAGGUUGUGAUCCCCAUUGUGGGUGCUCAUCAUGGCAGGAGGAAUCACAGAAACAGGGGAGCUCUAUUCCCCAUAUGUUGGUUUGGUGUACAUGUUCAAUCUGAUUGUGGGCACGGGGGCACUGACGAUGCCCAAGGCCUUUGCCACCGCCGGUUGGGUGGUCAGCUUAGGGCUUAUCUCCUUCCUGGCGUUUAUGAGUUACAUGACCACAACCUUUGUGAUUGAGGCCAUGGCAGCAGCCAAUGCUCAGCUACGCUGGAAAAGGAGGGAGCAGGAAGAGGUCAAGGACAGCGACUCGACCUCUGAUUAUUCGGAGGAUGAAGACGUCAUCGUCCGGGGACGGUCGGAGCCAGAGACGAGGCCCAUUUUGUCCGUCCAGCGACAGGGAGGUGGCGGAGGAGGACACGUCGAUCACUUUGACAUUGUGGAGAGGGUUGAGAUGGGUCAAAUGGCCUCUCUGUUCUUUAACAAAGUUGGUGUCAACAUGUUCUACAUCUGCAUGGUAGUCUACCUCUAUGGAGACCUGGCUAUCUAUGCUGCGGCCGUACCCAUCUCGCUAACGGAAGUGGCCUGUGGCAACCACUCGUGCAGCGCUGGCAGUGUGAAAUACAACGACACCGACUUGUGCUGGGGCCCUGUCACCAGGAAAGAUGCUUACAGGGUAUUUCUGAGCAUCUUCACUUUGAUGUUGGGCCCCUUUGUCUUCUUCGAUGCACAAAAGACCAAAUACCUCCAGAUCCUCACCUCACUCAUGCGCUGGAUUGCGUUCACGAUGAUGAUCAUCCUUGCUCUGAUCCGUAUCGGUAAAGGCCGGGGUGAAGGCCGACCCCCUGUGGCCCAGAUCUCUGGGGUGCCCAACCUGUUUGGAGUGUGUGUCUACUCCUUUAUGUGCCAGCACUCCCUUCCCUCCCUGGUGACUCCCAUCUCCGACAAGAGGCGCGUGGGGACCCUGGUGGUGUGCGACUACGUCCUCAUCCUGGGCUUCUACAGCCUGCUCUCCUUCACGGCCAUCUUCUGCUUCGACAGCUCCCUCCUGCACGACAUGUACACCCUGAACUUCACGGACAACUGCGAUGUGCUGGACGUGGCCUUCUUGCGCUACUUCCUGGGCCUCUUCCCGGUCUUCACCAUCAGCACCAACUUCCCGAUCAUUGCCGUCACGCUGCGUAACAACUGGAAGACCCUGUUCCACCGCGACGGGGGCACUUACCCCUGGGUGGUGGACCGCGUGGUCUUCCCCCUUAUCACCCUGGUGCCGCCGGUCAUCGUGGCCUUCUGCACCCACAACCUGGAGUCGCUGGUGGGCAUCACCGGGGCCUACGCCGGCACGGGCAUCCAAUACGUCAUCCCCGCCCUUCUGGUAUAUUUCGGCCGGCGCCACGUGGAGCCCAUGCUGGGCGCGGACGAGGUGAACAAGCACCGGUCGCCGUUCCGCCACACCUUCUGGGUGUGGUUCGUUGUGGUGUGGGCUACCUUCUGCCUCAUGUUCGUCACAGCCAACAUCAUCCUGGAGGACACCAAGAAAUGAGGAGACGGACUGUCAGACCGGUUGCUCUGUAUGGGUGACUUUCUCUCUAAAUAAAGCCUUGCCGUACCCGGUACAGGUCCAAUGGUGUGCCUUUAAAUGCCACUCUUGUAGCAUGUGAAAUCCUUGUAAUUAAACGUAAUUUAUCACAUUUGUUUUCGAAAAGGACCAAAAUAUCUACUAGACAAAGGUUGGUAUGAAAGCUAUACAGCGACGUAAAGGUAAAAACAAGGAGCUGGAUUACUUUUUUUCCAGUGUCUUUCUGGAAAGCUGGACAAUCAACAGUUUUAGCCAGGCUUUGCACUACACGGCAGCAAUGUUUUUAAAGCAUAUACUUAGCAAAAUAGUUUGUCUUUUUGUCCUUAGUUUUUCAGAUGCCUCAUUUAGGCUUGCAAAACAUGCUGUAAAUUAGCAAUGUUUUUGAAUUUAUCCAUCAGAGUAGAAACAGAAUCUGUGGUUAUUUUGAAGACUACCGUUCUAAAGAAACUUCAUAUGCACCAUAAAACUUAAUUUAAAAGCCUGGGCAUUGAUCACUGAAAACCACCAGCGCUUAUACGACAGGCUUCUACUUGUGCCAAGUCAGUAUUUCCUCAAUGCACAGGUCUUUUGUUCAAUAAAAUAGGGACAAGACUACCACACUGCUUAUUGUGACAAAUAUAUGAUGAAGAUAUAACAAAUCCAUGUGUAGAUUAGGCAUCCUAUCAAACACCUGGGACUUAGCACUUUAGCGUCAUGAAAUGUCCAUGAGUGAAAUGCAAGUUUGUUUUGAAGGUGUCUCCUGGGAACUAGGACAAACGUUGCAUCUGAGGUAUUUCUGGUGUGACGUGUCUGCUGUUGUGCUUCAUUGCGUAUAGUUUUUUAGUAGUUGAUACUGCUGUGUCCAAUCCCUCGGUUGUCUCCUCCGUGGCAAUAAUGUUGCUCUUAAUAUUUACGAACUGAAGUUCACCUGAAAACGAUUCACUUAGUCACAGCCUUUAUCUGAAAAAAGGCUAUUUGCUUAAAUGUGUUCGAAUACUCAACUAUUAAAAUGGACAGGCUGUGAAAUGAGUCUUCUUUGAAUUAAAGUUGGAUGGUAGUAUUUUCAUAAUGAACGUUUACAUAAAAAAGACAUUUAUCUAGCACAGCAAAUAAAAGUAUUUAAAAUAUAUACAAAGAAUAUUAAAUGCUGAAAAUGAAUGUUAUUCUUUCACUUGAUGGUUUAUUUUUGCGAUAAGGAUUUUAAACAGUGUCAUUCAAUUAAUUUCAUUAAUCUUUUUUUGUUUUUUUAUGGCUGCACGUCCACACGUAAAAUGGUCAGAGGUAUAGAAAGACUUCCAGACGCCUAUGAUAAUCCGAAACCAAAGGCGACUAGAUAUUAUGUAAUAAAAUUCCUUGAAAGUUACCAAAAAUGUGGUUCCUUACUGUUUGAAUGCGUAAGUUACUAGUAAUAUACUGUCCCAACUGUAGAUGUAAAUCCUUAAUGGAGACCUAGGGAGGGUAGGAUUGGGCAGGUGUGUCAGUGUUUAUCUGGACCUUUAGAACUCAUUCUUCCAGUUGGUAGCUGAAGACAGAGUUCACUCGGACAAUUGAGUGCUCAGUGGGGGUAGAAAUACAACCUGACAACUCAGUGCUCCCGCGACAAAGGCCAAGGCAGCCUUCAUUUAAAAUUGUAAAAAGAACAUUUGAUGACUGAAUCAGGGACCGUUCCUCAUUUAUGGCCGGCAUUUGCACAUCCUCACUGGUAGGUCUGCUUCAGAUCUCCACCUUUCCCCACAAACAUUUAACAUUCAACAGUGACAGAUCCUGAUUGAUGGGCCUUGGGGAAGAGGUCCAUCCCUGCUGAUCAAGAGAGAGAUCUGGAGUUUGAUUUUAAAUACAUACCACCUUAUGUUUUACUGCUCACCACCAAAUCAUCAGCCCGCCAUAAGUCUCAGGUCAGCACCCACCUGCCUCCAGUUGGACAGGGUUACAAGAAGGGUUAUCCAACUGUUACGACGCCUAGUAUAAAGGGAACUUAGUUCCUCUUUUUUGCAAUCACAUGGUAGCUGGAUUUGCAAUAGCAUCUUUGUGUUAUGCUUGCUUGUAAUGAGAAUCUCUCAGCUGGCUGAUUUGUUGACAGCUCUUUGCGUUUUUAUUGCGAUUGCCUGGUAGCUGUGUUUGGUUGACUAAUUUGAUUUCCCUCCCAGGCUUGUGAAAGCAUCCUCUUCGGGCACAAGCCCUGCUCAUACUCAUAUACUGCUCCUGAUUAUCAUGUCCUUUGGCUCUUGACUUGCAGCUCUCUCAGAUUUAUUGGCAUAUCUAUUCUACUCCGUUGUAGUCAUCCGGUUUGAAAUCCAACUGCAGCUGGCGUAUAUGUACCUUAGGCAUCUUUGACGAAGCUCCGACAGGUGAAUUAUGUUUUGUGGUCUAGGGUUUCAUAUUAAACUGUUUCAUUUAGCACCAUUGUUUUCUUUUAGUAUGUGAAUGUGAUGUACUAACAGCAAAGAGUAACCUUAGUGUCCUGUCUUAAACACUCUUAUGAUCCCAAAAAGACUGGGGACACUUAUUACCAUUCUUGCUUUGCACCCACCAGUUUGCACCCAAUCGCAUUGGGUUAUAGCUCAUGUGCAUUCUUCAUAGACCUUAUCAUCAACAUGCUUAGAAGGGCAGUGUUACUUUUGGCAGCUGUUCUAGAUUUUAAUGUGAUGUUCAAAAUUAAAUAAUGAAUAUGUACCUCUAAUUUCCAUAAUGUGCACAUUCAGAUAUAGAUGGGACAUUGUUCUGUCAGAUGGUAACACUAUGCCAGUCAGAAUUUACCAAGAUGUUUUCUUCUGAUUAUAACAUUGGGAUGGAAUUAAAUAAAGGGAAGAGUCUGAGGUCUUUUACAACAGAAUCAUUAUUUAUGCUAAUAUUUAGUAACAUGUUCUCAACCUUAAGCAAAAAGAUUCUUAAACUCUGGGACUGUAAAGAAUAUCACCAUCCUAAGGGCUGUUUUCCCCUGAGAAAAUAGCCCGCUCUGUUAAUAUUCUCCUAAUAAUCCCUGGGUACUCAUGCUUUAUUGCUUAAGUUCAGUGAUACUGUGUUAGGACAGAAAAUAAAGAGUGCUCAUUCUGUAAUAUGGCAUCUGUCAAUUUUUCUCUGUUAGUAUGUUUUUUCUGUGUAUAAUGUUGGAAUGCAGCUCAUUCCUAAACUCUACAGGCCAUAGUCAGUUGUUGGUACAGGCUCCCAGUUUGGGAAGAGUGCAAUAGCUGCUCUACUUUUUGAAAUGGAAUGCAAAGGUGAAAUUCAUUUUGAACUGGUUUGGGGAAGUGUGGUUUUCCAAAAUGAAGUGUGAUCAAUGUGUAUGCGAUGACUCCCAUCUGGAGUUGUAUAAUGUGCCUUUUUCCCUGGCUUAUUGUUGUCCAUAUUGUGUUAACUGGCCCGUCUUUGUUUAAGCAUCCUAUCCGAUAAGAUCCACAUGUAAGCCACUUCGUUACGAUUAACUGAGUUUGCCUCUUUGUGACUUUGAGACAGUGUUGCAAUAUUAAUUCAUUACGGGUUGCCCAAGUCUUUUCAACACUGAGUUUUGUCAAUACUCAGUUAAAAAAUAUCCAGUAGUGGGAUGUGUGUUUUUGUUUUGUUUCACAAAGGAACCAGUUGGACCUGCUGAACCUUAAUUAAAGAACAUAUAUUUGAAAUUAA